AUGACUUCUGCUGGUGAAAAGCAGCAUUAUGCUUUAGUUCUUUUGGAGCGUCUCUUCAAUCAUUUACCCUCUACUGCUCGAGUGGGUGUACUGUAUGAUAUUGGCUGUCAACUUCAUCGAAGUUGUGUCAAAUGGGGCUUUUUGAAAGAAUUCUUUGAUCGUUUAAUCUGGGCAAUUUCUGUUUUCCAUGCAUAUGGUCACCAAUGGGCUUGCCAACUCAUUUACCAUCCAAGAAAAUGUAUUGGCUUUGGCUUGACUGAUGGUGAGGGCUGUGAAAGAUUUUGGAGCUCAAUCAAGCUCUUAAUUCCAUCUUUGCGUGUCAGUGGCUACUAUACCACUUCAGUCACCCACUAA